CAAACCAUGUAUAAACAUUAAACCAAACUGUAAUUAAAACAUAUUACUCUUAUUUGCGUGACGAUAUUUAGGACGAUUAAUAAUUGACGAUGGAGUCAGCUUUGCAAGCCACAGACGCCGUUUUUGUGAAGGCCGAGCCCCCUGAGGAUGAGUGUGUACAAGACGAGCUCUCUUGCGAGGACGUGUCUAUAAAAACUGAGCUGUUAUGUGUGAAUAACCCUUUGUGCGAGAGUGCAUCUAUAGAGAUCGAGGUGUCUGUGGAUGGUGUGUGUGUAAAACAAGAGCCUUCAAAGACGGAUGGCGCGGCGGCGGCGGGACUGUACGCCGGUCGGCUUGAGAAUAAUGAGCUGAUACUUGAGCCUGUGCGCGGUCACGAGCCAGCGGUGGAGCGGAGCAUCGUUGCUACCCAAGGUCACCCUCCAAAGAAGAAAUCAAGUGCAAAAACGAACAUUUUUAAAUGUGCUCACUGUGAAUAUGAAACUGUCCAUCUGCUCUGGUUAAUAAGACAUACGAAGAAACAUUGCGAUAAGAAAUCUAGCAACGAAAGUACUUUAAAUGUCCAAAAACAGCAUCGCACUGUGGAGAUAUUUAAAUGUGGACGAAUUUAUGCUGGUACAAGCAAAAGUAAUUUACUACAUGAUGUGAAACUUUAUAAGUGUAACCAAUGUAGUUUUGCCUGUACCCAACAAGAUGAUUUGCUAAAACAUAAAAUAGUACACACCAUCAAACCAGGCAACCCUCAAAAGAAUUUGCAAGUGCUUGAAAGGAAAAAUACUAGGGAAAAGGCAUACAAAUGUAGCUAUUGCAAUGAUUCUUUCUUAGAAGAAGUUAGUUGGCUAGUACACAAACGGAAACACACUGGUGAAAAACUCUUCAAAUGCGACCAAUGUAACUAUGCCGGUACACACGUAAACCAUUUACUACGCCACAAAGCUAUGCAUACCAAUGUAAUUCUUUAUAAAUGUAGCCAAUGUGACUUUGAUUGUGCGAAAAAAGAUGAUCUAUUAAAUCAUAAAGUAUUACAUAUCAAUGACCAACCUUUUAAGUGUGGGGAAUGCAUUUAUGCUACUGACAGAAAAUGGCGUUUACGACUGCAUCAAGCGACUCACACUGGUGAGGAAACUUACAAAUGUAGCACAUGCGAUUAUACUACUUUAAGGCAAAUUAAUUUAGCAAACCAUGAAGCGAGACAUGCUGUCAAACGUUACAAAUGUGAAAAAUGUGGUUUUGCUUGUAAUCGUCAGUAUCAAUUGAAAAAUCAUGAAAGGAUACAUGAUGAGAAGCUGAACAAGCGUGUCCAGAAGACUCAUGCUCACAACGGUUUAAGAAACUAUCUAUCAAUACAGAAAGAUUCGGCGGAGGAUCAGCCGGCGCCACCACUAGUGACAAACAACGCUGUGGCCAAAAUGGAACCCGAAUUUGUUAACGAAAGUAUGUGGGAUGAUGAUGAUGACGGAACGAAUAAUGAUGAAACAAAUUUCGGCGAAGAUGACUCUAAUAUGGAAAUGAGUGGAUUCGAUGGCUCAACGACUGGCGAUGGCAUUUUGACUGGUGGUGCGGAAGGUGGAGCUGUAGGUGAUGCGCAAGACCUUCCCUACAAAAUGAUCGCCACAAGAAGAGGAGCCACCCUACUCAUGCUGCAUGGCCACACAUACUCUUACAAGGAAAAGAACAAGCGCUAUCACUGCUCCAGGCUGUCCAGCUUGAAGUGCAAGUGCUUCGUGAAGCUGGAUAAGAUGGGGAGGAUUGUGUCGCUUUAUGAAGACCACAACCAUGAGCCGCCUAGGUACAUGAUGACCAAGUCGGGGCUUUAUAUGAAAGUGGGCUGAUAACCAAUGUUUAAUCUACAUCGAGAGGAAG